AUGCUAUCUAUGAUUUCGAGACGCAAAAUCAAGGAAGUAGAACGAUUGAAAGGAACAGUGGAGAUGCUAUCUAUGAUUUCGAGGACACCAAAAUCGGAAGUAGAACGAUUGAAAGGAACAGUGGAGAUGCUAUCUAUGAUUUCAAGACACCAAAAUCAAGGAAGUAGAACGAUUAGAGAAAGGAACAGUGGAGAUGCUAUCUAUGAUUUCGAGACACCAAAAAUCAAGGAAGUAGAACGAUUGAAAGGAACAGUGGAGAUGCUAUCUAUGAUUUCGAGACACCAAAAUCAAGGAAGUAGAACGAUUGAGACACCAAAAAUCAAGGAACAGUGGAACAGCGAUGCUAUCUAUGAUUUUGAGGACUCAAAAAUCAAGGAAGUAGAACGAUUGAAAGGAACAGUGGAGAUGCUAUCUAUGAUUUCGAGACACCAAAAUCAAGGAAGUAGAACGAUUGAAAGGAACAGUGGAGAUGCUAUAUGA